AUGAAUGACUUGUGGGAGAUCCGUCAGAACCCACGAUUCGAAGGCAGUUCGCAAUACGACCGCCAAGAAGUCAUCGCGACCAUCACAGACUUCUACCAUUUCCCCGCCACUUUGCCCUACAUCCAACCCGAGCACAUCCUAUUCCCUCCCUCUGGCGGCUGGCCCAACAUCACGCAGGACACCCUCGCCGCCUUGGGGAAGAACGACGAAGUCAACCAGCUACUUGCUCGUCUGCUCUACAUCAGCAUACCACUGCACGGCGAAGCCAAGGACUGCAUGAUACGACCGUACACCAAGCUCAACAACUUCGCAGGAGAGGCCUUCCAGGCGGCAAUCAAGCAUGGGGCCGAAUGGGUCGCUGACGAGAAGACGUACAUCCCUCCCUUCGUCGACCUGCCCGAAUGGGUGGUCUCAUUGACGUAUGGUGAGACGAAUGGCGAUUACUUGCUGCUGGACACGACAGACGGCACCAUCACCCGCUACCUCCUGGAUCUCACUUCCUAUGAACCAACGUAUGAUGAGACGGACCCCAGGAGCUGGCGCGACAAGUGCGAUGACGAGACGAAGCCACUCAGGCAGUAUCUCGACGGGAUCAGAGCAGAGCUGACCGCUCUUGAUGGUAUCGCACACUUCUGGCAGGGCGAGCCGCAGGUGUUGAACCCGCCAGAAUCACCGGAUAGGGCACAGGUACGCAGAUGA